GUGUGAAACAGCAGAGUGCUUCCUUUUUUCUCUCCCUCUCCCUGUCUUCUUCCUCUCUCGGCCCCCAGCUCUCAAAUUCCAAACAAAACACAGCUUACCACACACAGGCUGGGUAAGCUGAGGGGAGGGCUCCGAGGUCGGGAGGUCAUGGUUAUAAGCAAACAGGAGGCGGUGAUUGGCACUCACUCACGCACACGACACGGUGUCCGUCCACAGUGUGGGAUUACAGAGGACAGCGGAGAGGAGUCAUUGACAGAACUGAAGGUACGACUGGAUUCAUAACUUUCCAAUCAACAUGUCAAAGGUAUUCAAGAAGACCGCCGGCAACGGACAUAUUGCCCUGUACUUGGGGAAAAGAGACUUUGUGGACCAUGUGGAUUCAGUGGAAGUAGUCGACGGUGUUGUUAAAGUGGACCCUUCUGGUCUUGACGGCAAAAAAGUGUUUGUCUACCUUGCGUGUGCCUUCCGCUAUGGAAGCGAAGACUUGGAUGUCAUUGGGCUGUCCUUCAGGAGAGACAUCUGGAUACAGCGUGUUCAGGUGUAUCCACCCACAGGUGAAAACACAGCCAAAUCACCAAUGCAGGAAUCCCUCAUGAAAAAAGUUGGAGAGCAAGGAUGUCCUUUCUCCUUCCAGAUGCCGGCAAACCUCCCAUGCUCAGUCGCCUUACAGCCUGCACCAAAUGAUUCUGGCAAGGCUUGUGGCGUGGACUUUGAGGUUAAAGCAUACGUUGCCAACGCAGCCAACAAUGCAGAUGAAGUCAUUGAGAAGAAGAACACGUGUCGUCUGAUGAUUCGCAAAAUACAGUUUGCACCAGCCAGCAACAAGGCAGGACCCACGGCUGAUAUCACCAAGCAGUUCAUGAUGAGUGACAAACCAGUUCACCUGGAGGCCUCCCUUGAAAAAGAGAUUUAUUACCACGGAGAUCCAAUUGCCGUGAAGGUAAAAAUCAACAACGAAACCACCAAGGUUGUGAAGAAAAUCAAAAUUUCAGUUGAGCAGCUAACAAGCGUGGUGCUGUACUCAUCUGACACUUACACCAAGCCAGUCUGCUGUGAGGAGUUUGGGGAGACAAUUAACUCCAACUCUACAUUUGAGAAGUCCUUCCAAGUCACCCCCCUGCUAGCCAACAACAAGGAGAAGAGGGGUCUUGCGGUGGACGGACGGCUAAAAGACGAGGACACCCACCUUGCAUCAACUACUCUGUAA